AUGGGUUCUGCUGCACGGUCUGCACACUCUUCUCGUUCUGGCAUGUCCCCUCGAACGACAACGGCUGCUGCGUCCUCCUCUCGAGGAUCUCCUACUCCUCUUUCACCGGUUUUCCCAAAAUCGUUUCCUCCGAAGCGGAUCGCAUCAACAUCAAGGAGAACGGACAAGGAUGGCGCUGGAGAAGUAUUACCAAGACUCCCCUUGGUCCCGUUCAUGAACGAAAUUCCUCGCUCGCCGCAGCGAAGACAGAGUGCCAGUGCGGCGUUUCGUUCGCUCAGACCCAUGAAGCCCGACGCAGGCGUCGACCGCUCCACCGUCCGAUCUCAACUGUUGCCCGCUGGUCGUGCAAGCGGCUCUAGUGAAUCCGCUUCGCCAUCGACUCCCCGGCGAAUGUCUGUACCACAUCCAAGUUACAUCUUGGAACCAAGAGCCGCGGCACAGUUCACCCAUGCGUAUUCCAAGAUAUAUGCGCCCAGUGCUCCUACCACCCCUGCGCUCGCGUACACUCCCUUGGAAUAUGCGUUCAGUGCUCCUACGACUCCUGCACUUGCAUAUACUUCCUUGGAAUACGCACACGAUGCUAUUCCGGGCGCAUACUCUUCUGCAGCGCCUUUGUAUAGUCCGCCUCACAAGUACAAAACGCACAGCACAAGAGCUCAACAAAUCGGCCCUUUCAAGUCUCUGUACGAGCUCCCCAAAGGAACGUUCGGCACGUCGCUUGUCUCGCGCGACCUCAGCACUGGACGCGUGCUUUGUACGCGGGUGUUCAAGAAGAAGCAGAUGCUAUCCGACCCGGUUUUCUUUCACGGACUGCUUGCUGAGCUUUUGUGCUACAAACAUGUCUUGACGCGCCCUGCCGACCGAUGCCCGUUCUUGAUGGAGAUAGAUGCCGCCCUGCAGGACGAGGAGAACGUGAUCUUCGCGAUGCCUCUCAUGCAGUGCGACCUGAUAAAAGUUAUUCGUGGUCGCGGAGACAUACGGCGCACGCGCCGCUGGGUGGCUCAGUUGGCCGUCGGUUUGGACGCGCUGCACUCGAUGGGAGUCAUUCAUCGCGAUCUGAAGCCAGAGAACGUUCUUCUUGACACGCGCACUAACACAGUACGGAUUGCCGACUUCAACGCAGCGUACCUGCAGGCCGGGAACGCUCCGCUGGAGGAUGGGGCAGUGUACACGCGCGGGUAUGUGGGCAGCAGGCCGUACAUGGCACAAGAAAUCGUGGACCGCAAGUGGUACGGCAAGAUGGUCGACUGGUGGUCGCUCGGCUGUAUCAUGUUCGAUCUGACCGCGGGGGAGCUGCUAUUCAGGACUGAUACGCAGCGUACGAAGUUUGUGACCUGGGAUCGGAAGAAGGAAGGCAUGUCUUACCUGUCUUGGGCGACGAAACUGAGCGAGGACGAAGAAGCUGUGUUGUCGGGGCUGCUUCAUCUACGACCUGGAUGUCGUUUCCAGUUGAAACAGCUUCGCCAACAGCCCUACUUCCAAGAUAAGCAGGGGGCGAGUGUGAGUGUGAGUGUGUUUGACGGGCAGAUCUACUAUCCUUCUGUGACAGGUACACAGCUGGAGAAUGGAGUUCACGAAGUGAGCUCUGAGAUGAAGGAAGAGCCGCUGCGCCAUGUCAUACAAGAUUCAAGCAGAUCAGAAGGCCCGUACAACUUCCGCAACUUUGAGUGGGUCAACCCGCGCGGCCUAUGGGGUUCGCUGGGUUGA